GAAAUAAAGUGUCUGCUGGGGACAAGGUUGCUAGCGUCGUCUAAAGUUCAGGCUAUGCAUGAUAUCGAGACUGCCGCGCCCACAACGCUUCGGAACGUUUGUCACGACACAACAGGACAGUAACUUAGCCCGAAAAAAAUCGAGACCCUAACCCCUGGAAAAGUAUAUGCACAUGCAUCAUGGAAUCAAGUGGUGAACAUCAUGAUGAGACACGGGAAAGAGUGUUGGUUACCGGUGCUUCAGGCUUUGUUGCAUCUCAUGUUGUUCAGCAGCUUCUUCAGACUGAAUAUAAUGUAAGGGGAACUGUCAGAAGUCUCUCCAAUGAGACUAAAGUGAAGCAUUUGAAGAGCAUGUGCGGGAACUCCAGGUCCCCAUUGGAGCUUGUGGAGGCUGAUUUGAUGAAUCAAGAAAGUUGGAUAAGCGCUGUGAAAGAUUGCCGUUAUGUCCUCCAUAUUGCAAGUCCAUUUCCUGUAAGUAGCCCAAAAGAUGAGAGCGAGUUGAUCAUCCCUGCAGUUGAUGGGACAAAAAAUGUUCUUGAAGCAUGUGCUAAAACACCUACAGUCAAACGUGUGGUACUGACAAGCUCCGUUGUUGCAGUGGCAGAUUUCAGCAAGGUUUCAGAGAAGGCAGCAUGUGAAUCUGAUUGGCCUGAUGUUGAUGUUUUGGAUCCCUAUUCCAAAAGUAAGAUGCUGGCAGAAAAAGCAGCAUGGAGUUUCGUGGAGGAAUUAAAAUCCAGAGGUGAUCCAACUUUUGAGCUGGCUGUGAUUAAUCCAGGAUAUGUCAUGGGUCCAGUCAUUUCUGGCACCAGCUGUACCAGUAUGGAGGUAGUAAAAAGACUGAUGUGUAGGGACCCACCCCUUAUUCCCAAAAUGAACUUCAGCGUGGCAGAUGUCCGAGAUGUUGCAGCAAGUCACAUUGCUGCCAUGACACAUCCUGAAGCACCAGGUCAGCGGUUCAUUGUCACAUCAGGCAAUAUUUGGAUGAGUGACAUGUCACAAGUACUAAAUGAAGAAUUCCAUGACCAAGGUUAUCGCCCAGCACAGAUGAAAGUUCCUCAUUUUUUCUUCAAAAUGUUUGCAAAGUUUGAUUCUACCGCUAAUAGGAUUGCACCAAUGUGGGGGAAAGAGACUGUGUUUGACAACUCAAAGAUGAAGAAUAUUUUGAAAAUAGAGCCACAUCCUUUGAAGCAAACCAUUGUUGACAUGGCUUACAGCAUGAUAGAUGGUGGAUUCCUCAAGAAGAGUCCUAGAUAUAAAGGCCAGAGUGCUACUGCUGUGUCUACUGAUGCUGAUGAUCACAAAUCCAAUCCGUAGGAACAUAAUCUUGGUUCUGCUGCUUACUAAACACAUGAUAAAAGUCUGGUAAGAAACCUACAUGUUUGACUUCAAUGAAAUUUGCUGAUACUACAAGCACUUUACAUAAUUUUAUAUACGCAUGUACUUUCUUCUUAGAAUUUCCAAAUACAGGGACAUGCACUUAUAGGGUUAUUGUUGAUAAUGAUAUCAAGUAAUAUCAAAUAAUAUGUAAUCAAUAUCAAAAGUAUGAACAUGGUGGUGGCAGUGCUGCAGUGCACUAAUAAUAGAGGGCGCACUACAGUGAUCAAGUUUUAGCAAAUAAAAUAAGACGCACGGCAAAUUUACACAGUAUAACAACUGUUUGGGAUACGUACUCACUAGCAGACCCUCCCGCAAGAAUGUUGGGGAGGAGUUUGAUUUUUGAGUAACAAGGUUUCCAUGUAAAAAAGAUAGAGCCAAAUAAAUGCAAGACAUGUAUAUAAAGGCAUCAAGUGAUGACGAUAACUUUUCACUUGUUCAAUUUGUCAUUGAACGGAUCAUUUGGUAUUAUCUUGUCCAGUCACUUAGACUCAAUCUGAACAUAUCUGUGAGUUACAGUUUUAAAAUUUCUUUCUUCAGUGUCCAAAAAAAUUGUUAUCUGUUCGUUACAAAUCUUCUUUGAUGAGUUUGGAAUUAACAAGAGAAUUAAGAUUACAGUUUAUACAACCUUUUCAUUUGUAUAAUUCAAAAGCCAAGUAACAGAUGUACAUAUAAUGCUCAUUAUAUGAACUGUUUCUUUGCUUGAAAACGGGAAAAUAGGCAUCAAGACUGGACAAACUUUACUUUAACUCUAAAAGAGUCUGGUUAUUUUAGUCCACCCCCCAAGAGCUUGGCUGUACUUUGCUCACUUUUUAAAAUUCGGUGUGCAUAUAAAGACACUCCUUAUCAUUGCAAUUGUCAAGUUUGACAUAUGGUUUUGGCGUUAAGGUCAUUUGAAGUUCAGGGCUACAUGCAUGCAAGCCCUUGUGCAUUUAGCACUACAGUAAAAAGUAUACAUUUUAGGCUGAGCUGUUUUGGCAAAAUGUGCACUGCAUAGAAACGGUAUGUUUAAUUUUUAUUAAAUCUGUAUCAAAAUGACCACAAAGAGUUACUUGAGGCUCAAUCCUGAAAACAAAAUGCAUUGCGACAAUGUCUGAAAAACUGUUGAGGGGGCAUGUUCUCCCCCCCCCCCGGCUCUUUAAGGGUUAAACAAAAUUUUGUGUCAAAAGUGCAAAAAUAAAUGACCAAAACCUGCAACACCAGUUAUAAUGCAACAUAUUUACCCCAAUUUAGAUAGAUUGGAAUGCUACAAAUUUGAAUAAUUCUGCAUCUUAAAUGAAAUCCAUAGACAGCUUUUUGAAACCAAAACUAGGCAUUAACUUUGACAAUGUUCAGGGACAAUUUAACAUAUUUUUACCAGGGAAUUUGAUGUAGAUUUCAAAAUAACUUGGGAAAGCCUGUGAUGAUAUUUAGAUGCAUCAAUCCGAGGGCUUAUUUCAGUCACAUGUCCUAAAUUCACAAAAUGAGUCGCCAGGGUUACAUUAGCAUUAAUCAGCUUCAAACAAUCCUGCGUGACCUGUAUUGACAUGAUGCAUGUGCAUAUUCCAUUCUCAUUACGAUGACAAAGAUCCUCAAAACAAAGAGCUCAGUUUCCUUUUGCUAAUUCUAGAUAGAAACUUCAGGAAUUCUCUUAAAAUUUUGUGGCUGUCACAAUUUUAUUUGGUAAUAAUACUCUAAAAAGAAGCUGUUACUUUCUUUAACAUGCAUGUACAUGUCUGCCAUUCCAUCGUUGUGGCCAGUAGUUAGUCAGUGUUUUGGCCACACAAAUUGUGGACAUAGUGGGAAUGCCGUCAAUAAUUUUUUAAAUAAUGUAUAUGAUCUAAGUGUUACAUGAUUUUUUUGUAAAGGUAGGUAGCAAACAGUUCUAAGAAUAACGAGAAGUUUAUGUAUUUUAGUUUAUGUAUUAAUUCAUAACCAAUAAGGUGUCUAAACUUAGUUGCCAAGAUUAUAAAACAUGUAAGUGCAUUGAGUCUUUGUAUGAAGAUGCAUUUAUAUGAAUGUCUAUUGCAGAUGAAGUGCUUUGAUCUUUUGUUUUUAUUAUUAUAUUUUUCUAAUUAUGGCAUAACUGAGUGAUGCAGGCAAGGUGGUGCCAUCAUUUGGUAUGAAAUAUUUGCUGUUUAUCUAAAGAAAGGGCAUGCAAGAGUUUAACAAUUCAUGUAGUUUUUACAUGACCUUUUCAACACUUAUUGAACAAUGUGCUUAGUAGGCAAAUUCUGUCAUGAACUUUCUGCAAACUCUGUGCACCCAAGCAAAUGGUAAGCAACAGUGGCAUAGAUGCCUGUGUUCCCCUCCCCCUUUGAAAUCUGUGACUAGUCUGAGUUUAUACAGCCAUGCAGCUGCAGCUUAUUUUCUUGUGGUGCACCCCCAAGGUGACACUCCCACAUUUAGCCCAAGUUGCGCCACUGGUGGGCAGUGAGAGAAGUCUGUUUUAGAAAAUCAGUACGUAAGUUACUUAGCUGACCCAUCUUGGUUUUCCACCUAUUCAACUGAAAUUAUGCUGUGGUCAUCUUGAGGGCUUUCUAUUACGUGUAGAUAAUAUUGACUCGCAUGAAUGUUUAGGAUGGCAACACACAUGGAUAGUGCACACAGGCAUGUAAAUGCUUUCUGUCCAAGACCUUUCUAUCCUUUUAACCCAGGAAUGCCUAUACAUACAUACUUGGAUUUAUCAAUAUCUGUUGUGGACGUGGGUGUGACCACACAUUUCCAUGGGAUUUGUGUGUCAUCCCUCCGUAGACCACGGCUAUGUAAUAAGUUACAUGUAUAAGCACUCAAGUUAGCAGGAGCAAGAAAGUAAACCAACCACAGAAACCCAACAUGCUUUUUUAUGCACCACUGUGGUUUCCUUGUGUGGGUAUGUACAGUAUAGGCAUUCCUGUGUUAAAAGGGACAGUAUCCUUCAAAAAGGUCAGAACCUCCUUGUGGGGACAGAAAUUUGCCCCGUAGCAUUUGGUCCCCAUACGAUGGUCACAGAUGGUAAUCUGUGUACAUGUGUAGUCCUUAUAACCCAUUGCAAGUGCAUGUAUGUUUGUCCAUCCGUCUGGUUUUUCACUGCAAUUUGAAACUUGUGACUUUUGAUGCUUCAAACUUGAUCUUUGUAUCGUGUAAUUUAAGCCCAUUGAUUUUGGGCCCCAAAGGUCAAGACCAUGGUGCUUAAUAAAAUAGAAAUGGUUUUCCACCAUAUUUCAAGAAAAACUUCGAAGUUGAUAUAUGGGUUGGUCUUGGUUUCCUCCAGAAGCCCUUUUAUUUUGACCUCAUAGGCCGAAGGGUAUAAUUAAGUUUUUUCUCUUAGAAACAGCAUUUGUGAGUCAUAAAUUACAGUCAUGCGUUUAAACAUGGGCCUAGUGAGGCACUUGUGUUUAAAGACAUUCUUGGUUUGGUUUUAGUUUGAUUGGGUUGGGUUGGUUUGGUUGGGUCAUUUGGUUCCUUUGUUUUGUUUGCAAGCACAUUAAUUGGGUUGGUCUUUUUAGUUUUUUGUGUAUUUGUUGGUGUGUUGGGGUUGUGGGUGUGUUUGUUUCAUUUAUCCCAUGCCAGAAGCAUCCGAUGCAUUGGUAGGGCAUAACACCAAACAAGAUGGCUAAACAAUAAACCAUGUUUCUUGCACAGUUUAGCAUGGUACGUAUGGGAAUGCACUGAAAUCUUCCAGUCUGGCAUCUUGCCUUCAAACUUGUGACAACACAUUUCACACGGUUCAUUUUACUCCUGGACUUGUGAACUUAAUAGGUUUUUGUGUUGAAAUCAGAUGGUGAUUUAUCCAUGGUAUGAGUGUGCAUUAGUGCUUGUAGUGAGUUUCUGUCGUUACAUACAUGUACUUUCAGUGCGCAAAGUUAACUUUUUAAAAUUAAUCUGUAUACUUUGAAUUCAAGAAUAAUCAGAAUUGUAUCAGAAUUUCAUUGUAACUGGUUUUGUCUGGUCAUUUGAUAGUUUAAAAUGUGAACAUAAAGUUUGGCAUUUGUUCGUCAACUAAAUGAAAUUUGCAUUUUCAACCAAGUGUCAAAGACACAGAAUGUCUAAGAGAAAUCUAUGACAUACCAAGAGGAAAUACUGACAAUUGUUUUCAUUUAAUUACAUUCCAUUUCCCUGAA